AUGGCGCAUGGUGCCAUUGGACAAGUCUUGCUAGUUGUGCUCUCCCAUCCGACCAAAUUAUAUAAAGCCGCCCAGCAUCCAAACCUGCAUAAUUCUCCAUGGUUUACAAUCAUCAGAAUAGCAAUACCCCAAGAGUUGAACAUCUUCCACCACGAGUCGUGGCCUGAACAAUGGCGAUCGUCUGAGUUUCCGCCGGAGGAGACAUUGCAAGAGAGAAGAAGGCGAUUCAACAAAAAGCCUGGAUGGUCAAAGGGUUGGAACGACUGGAUUCCUAGAUUCUUCCAUACGCAGACCCCCAGGACGGGAGGUUGGCCGUGGGGCUAUGUCAUCUAUCGCACGACCUUUGCAGACACAUCUAGUCAAGACUGGGCGGCCGCGAUCGAGAUGCUGCAUCGAUACUGCUAUGCCUCGAUGAACCGAUCUAGGGAUCUAAGCGAAUUUGCAUUCCAACCUAACGUCAAAGAGCUUGUCCGUGAGGGGUAUCGAAAUGUCAUUGUUCAAGAUCCGAGCUUGGAAGGAGCCUCAGUGGACGUUCUUCGCAAACGACACAUUCAAUGGGUAGAAGAGAGGGGGUUCCUUCUUGCAUAUGGAACGCCUCGAUUUGACUAUUGCUUGAUGUUGGAUGCCCGCUCUGUACGAUCAAUUCUGGCAAGUACGGAGCCUGAUGAAUCUGGCAUGUUCGGACCAGAUAAACUUGGCAUGGUCGGAUACGUCAACGUGAUUGACUGCGAUUUUCAAUAUGAUCCCAAUGACCCUGACAACGAAUGUUCGGAGUACUUUGAUGGAUCGGUCAGAGUCUGCCUGGAAUCGCUCUUCCAGUUCGCUCUAUCCUGCGACGAUCUCACGACUGGAGAGCAGGCAUGGGGAGACUGGGGGAUGGGCCCUGGUAGAGUAGUCUAUACAGAUGGACAUUCUUCAAUAACCGAGAAAGAGGAUGUCUUCCUUUGCCCAUCUGAUCUUAAUCUCUACUUUGUUUCAGGCUAUCGCGAUUGGCCGAGGAGAGAGAAUCUCACCGAGUUUCAGUAUAAGGAGCUCAUCGAAAGGAUCAACACGGAGGAUCAAAUUAAUUAG